AUGAAGUGGAAUCCCCCCCUUAUUGCCUACGCGAUCAUACAGCUCAUCGCGUUCUUUUUUGUUUUGUUGGCUACCCCCAUCGACAUGUAUCGCUUCAGAAGGGAAUACAUUACCCCCAACACCACCGUCACAACUCUAUGGGGCGUAAAGAUGGGUCCUCUCAACACCACCAACGUCAUACCGACAUACAUCUUGUGGAGACAAUGUCCGGCACGCCUAAACCGCUUCCUUCUUGCUCAGGCGUUCGCUGUGAUCUCUAUCCUCAUCUACGGCGCGGCAACCGUCUUGGGCUUCAUCAAGCUGUACUGCUGCGAUCGGCUCCGCAUGGUCUGCGUGGUGCUGAACAGUGUUGGUGCUGUCACGUUGUGCAUUGUCUGGGGGGUGGUAGCGAUGACAUACCACAUGUAUGAAGGCCCUGACUGUUGGCAAGAGAGUGUUUUCUCCACCUACGGUGCCGGAUUUGUUCUCUUACUGCUAGCCUGGCUCCUCGAUCUCUUCAACAUCGUCAUCCUGCUGCUCCCGCUAAUCUUUCCAGAAAAACAUGUGGAGAAAAACAGAAAAGUUGCCUGCAAUGAAGCUCAGGGGAUACACCCAAGAGACAUUUUCAACGAUAGCUGGAGGGAAGCCUGGCAAGAACAGUUAUACCGACAGUGGAGGGGUGGCUAG